AUGCAGGAAUGUACCUAUGGAACCUCUGUGACUUCUAGCUCACAACAAGGUCCCUCAUCCACCACAGAAUCGGAUGACCCCUCGGAUCAUGUAGGCACGGUUAUAUCAUCAGAGAAAAAUCUAACCCACAACAAUAACUCAGAAGGCGGCAAAACACGCGCGCCUAGUUCAACAUUACCACCCAAUAAGAACCUUAACGUGUGUAAGUCACAGGAAACGGGGAGGAAUGGUAAUGAGAUGCCUACCAAACUUGGUGUGAGCAAUACUCCUACUACGUGGCAUUCAACACAGCUGUCCACAUCGCAAAAGGUAGGUAUGACACGGACAGCGCUUUCGAAGGCUCUAUGUGCGAUUGCCAAGACGACGAAGAACCGGAAUGCCUCCCCCGCGCAGUCUCGACCUCUCUAUCGACCGCGCCAUGUCACGGACACGGAUCGAUCAUACAAUGAGCGCGGCCCACGUGGUAGCACUCUGAAGGAAGCUAAUCCGAAGGAGCCCCACAAAGAGGAGGAUUCGACCUCGGUGUUGGGGUUAAACGUGACAGCACCGCUCUCCUCCACUACGAGCAGACCCACUGACGGCGUAAGCGGCCGUCAGGGCGUGGUUGAGCGAGACGAUGGAAAGUCACAUUUGCCUCCAGUGACCUCGCCCUACAUUCGCCGACAAUGCCCCUCGCGGCGAUGCAAGUCCGCUACACCGGCGAUAAGUACUCUGCAAGCAUCGUCAGGGGAAAAGCAUAGCAAUAACAAAGAUGGUUCCUUGUCGGGGAGGAUACUGCGGGCUCUGGGCGCAGGGACAGCGAACUCAUCACCGGCAAAAGAUAUUCCUUCACUAGGCUCGAAAGGAUACACUAAGUUUUUCUCAGUAGACACUUCGUGCCUCUCCAGCUCACAAUCUAAACAGCAGAAAGAUGCCUCACCUAAGCUAGUCAAUGAGGGAAGCAUUUUCUCAAGGUCAGCAAUUACAAAUCCCCUCCCUGAUGACGACUCCAUAAACAAACCUAAAGAAGCACUCGUGACAUGUGCCUCUGAGGUGCACCGAUUGUAUAGAAAUAUCCUUAUAAAUCGGCCUAGGUCACCGUUACCUUUUAUCAUUGAUCAGCUUCACCAGCAAUUGGAACAUAAAAAUUGCCACGACGUGCCGUCACCAGGCGAAGAAAGUAAAACAAUAAGCCGUGAGGUGCACUUUGUAGAGGAUGAUUCAAUGCAGGGAGAAACGCCCCCAGCUAAGCAACAGCCACCUCAAGGAGGGAACUCAAGUCUUAGUCACGGUCUGGGUGUGCAGCCGGUGGAGUCACCGCCGAAGGAACAUAUUUCCGAGGCAUUGAGUAUAGGAAAGCCUGUAAUGUUCGUAUCGUCGUCCACUGGAAACGGUAACGACACCAUACUUGAUGAACAAGUGAUUGAAGAUUGUAAAGCUCCUGAUAACACACCACUACUGAAUGUACCAACCUUCAACUCUGCUACGAAACAUGCUCACUGUGAUAACAGCACCGGAGAUUCGAGUGAGCCCAAUUGUACGAACUGCGGCAUUAUGUGUCGACGACAGCCCACCUGUUCGACAAACUCUGAAAACGGGGAGGAGAAUUUUAUCACCUCGACAAAGAGUACUAAGCCGUCGCAAGGUCACGUUCUCACGUUAUCCGGCUCCACCCAAAGCUCCUCGGUGGGGGUGCGCUCUUCGGCGCCGCAUUCUUGGAUAAUAGGGACACCUCUCCCGGGAAGUGUCGCCAACAAGGCCUCAGCGCAUCCCAACUGCACCCCCCCGCUGCCACACUCCAACCCCAUCCAACGGGGCUUUAGCGCUCUCUCUAGGGUGAACCCCCCACACACCACAACGACAACUGCUGUGUUGCCCGUCUUCAGCAAGAGAGCCUCCUUGACAGGCAGCAUGAUGGCGGCCGGCUCUGCUGUGGAUGUUCGUUCCUCAGGGAGCGAUAUCUCCUCCGUGUUUAGCGCGGCCCCUGUUGACGUGCAGGAGAUGCUGCGGGAACUGCGAGCGGCAAAGGAGGCACAUGUUGGGAUGGCCCAGAGCCAUGUCACUUGGAAUGAGUUAGUGGACAUCCUAGAAAGCGUCUCUUUCCCCACACAAGAUGCCACGCUCCUGUCCGAUCUCUUCGAUGAAUUGUGGAAGAAUCAGCAAAAACAGGAGCGGAUGCUUAUCUCUGAUACAGAGCCUGCUGUGAGCAAGUGCAACUCCCCAAUGACACCACCAUUAUGGACCUCUGGGGGUCUAGGACGCAAGCAGCAUUACGUCUGCUCCCCUUUCGAUGGGAAGCCUAUGUACUCCACGGAGGGCACCGGCAGGGGCGGCUUCCCACGUGUCCAAGCAAAUCAUAGUGUAGUCCAGAGCUCAGCAGUUGAAGCGGUGAAAGGCCUAACAACAUCUGAAAAAAGGGCAGCAUUGCCCAGGACGUUACAGGAUCAACCGCCUAUCCCAGCGGUGCGCUUUGAAACCUUUUUGGCGUGCAUGUCCUACAAGAUUCAGGGGCGAUACCCUGUGGAGGUUAUUCGGCAAGCUUUCUUCGAUCUUGUGGAGGAGUGUGGCGUCACACACACCGUCGCCAGUGAUACUGUGAGUCACAAACUGGGGUUAGUCCUCGAAUCAGCACCCCCCUCCAUGGCGCUCCUACAAUCUGCCAAAGAGCUGAAGAAUCAUUCGCAGAAGCGUGGCUGUGGGAGCUUGUCGCGAGGCAAAAGCAACGACCCCUCCCUCGCCUCUGGGUGCCACGACCGCAGUGAAGAGGCGCACCCGCUGUCGUCGGCGUCCUGCACCGACGUUGCCGCGGAGCCGUCCGUGUCGCUUGAGCUAAGCAACAUCGCCGAUGCAAACCCUGAUAUUGGCAACGACGGCCAAACAAAGGGGCAGGAGUCUCUGAUGUCAGUGAAGUUGCUUCAAGAGGAUGGAAAAGAGAGUUUUGGCACGAACAAUUCAUCCGCUGGAACCGCCGUCAUGAAGGAGACCUCACAGAUAACGUCUAACCUGACAACUCAUAUUGACUUUAUGGGCAGCAUCACGAGCUCCAGCCGACUCUUCUCGCCGCACUUGGCUGUCAUGACACAGACGGUGCCGCUUCGGGUGUGUGUGGUGGAGGGCCUUCAAGGUCUACUUGGCCUGAGUGAUUUUGACGGUAAAGAUGUUGCCAAGGCCCUCAUAAUGGCGGAGCAGCCUCUGCAAAAUCUCGACUAUCACUGCCACCUGGACGAAUUCAUACGGCUUGUGCACUGUAUGACAACGGUGAUGAAUAGGAAGGCCAUGAACUCCAGCCAUUCUUCCAAAGCGGGGAACCUGCAUUCCACGUUAAUCCGAAGCACGGUAAGCGUGACAGCUUCUGGCAAUGCCGGAUAUAGUUGCAGCAGUAAUAAUAACAACAGUAUGAGUCGGAGCGAGAACGAAGGGAAUCCGGUCGUGUUUUCGUUGAACGUCGACUAUGCGGCACGAUAG